AGUCAAUUGUCAAGGAAAAUCCUGAAUCUUCUAUUUCUGUGUGGAACAUUCCAUAAUGAUUAUCUCGUACGAGCUUAAAUGCAUUAAAUCAUCCUAAAUCAACCAAACAAAGACUGUCCCAUCUGAGUGUGUGAAUGGCAGGACCUGCUAGCACGGUCCAAAACGAUUGGAAGUCUCAAAGACCGAAAAUAGAUUUUCUCAAUCGAUGUCGACCCCCAAGCGUGCUCUCCUCACUUAUGAAUCGCUUCUGUCGCCCAAUCGGUCAUACAAUAGGGUCAUGGUUUGCGUGACUGACCCUACCUUUGUCUGUUGUGCCGAGGGGUGCGACGAAUAAUAACCCCACCUCAUUGUCUUAACCUGGUCGUCCUGGUCCGGUGAACUUGCACGUGCGUUUGGUAGUCGUGUCCUCGUUCGGUAGCGAGAGUGUUGCGUGUUUGAUCCCUGCCUCCCCUGCAUGUACACGUUCAAAUUAUCAUUUUUCAAGGAUAAAUUCUUGCAUUUUAUGUUUUGUCCGGAACUUCGUAACGACGACCCCUUUCGCCCGGUUCCGGUUCAAUCGCUGUUUGGUUCGUCCGUUGCCUCGUUGAAGACAAGGGUGGUGUGUGGGUCCGUAAUGUGUUGUCCUGUUUAUAACUUUGUUUAUUUCCCACAAGUCGAGAGAAACUAUUAUUGAUUUUCUUCAACUUUGCGGUAUUGUUCGCGUUUUUCUUUUUUACCCUAGCAGCAGCUGGUCUUGUUUGUUGACUGCUUCCCACGUUCACAGGACAGGCACAGCGACAAACAAAAGCUGCAGAUGCACCCGUGAGCUGUUCGAAACCGUUGCCAGUGGGUGAUUUGAAAUUGAUUGGCCAUUACACGAUCGUUUGCUUUUGUUGGCUGUGAAGUAUCAGUACAUUGCAGGAGUCGUACAUAGGUACUGGCAGGAAGGAACUGCACAAUGUAUUCUAGCACCGUUUCGGACGGCAAUGGAGCAUUGUUCCAUUGCUCGGAACUGACGCCACGUACACCCUAUCGGAGAGAGUUUGACGAGAUGGAAGCUCGCAUCCGGAAGUGUGAGCGACAGCGGGCAGAAUUGGAACGACAGUUCGAGGAGCUAAUGCGCGAACGGACCGAAUGCGAAAAGGCUACGGUGCGGGCGAUGAAGCAACGGCAACGCCGUCAGCAGGAGGCAGAACGACAGCGAGCCGAGCGGAACGAGAGCAUUCUUCGAAUGUUGAACAAGAUCGAUCAACAGGCGGCUUCGCUGGCGGCGAAAACGGAUCGAUUGAAGAUGUUAAAGACACAGUACGAAAUGUAUCUGAUGCGUACCUGGUCGACAUCUUCUGGACCGGCAUUACCGGCCGCUUACGGUGUUCCAAUGAUAACGGCUCCUCCAGCCAUGCUUACGCCACUGCCCCAAAGUCCAGCAAAAUCAUCAACGAAAUCAGAAUUUGUCCAAUACCUGUCCGACCUGACGCAUCAGCAAACGGCCAGCAUAAACCCAAUUCCACCACCGAUGGCUUUGAGUAACUACCUUGCAUCACAACAGAAACCGUACGGAAUGGCAUCUACCUACGGAACGUCACUAGAGCGUCCAUAUUCUAGAGCGUAUACUAGUAGUGCCCCAAUUGAGAAUGACUGUUUGAUGGUGAAUAGUGGUGCCGGAACGUCGCAAAGCACUACCGUCGGUGGUAUACAGGCGAAAAAGUUCGCAAUGUCCAACGAAGACUUUAUCCGCUACAUCGACAGUGAGGUACUGAAGGAACCAAUACCGACGGUUAGCAUCGUUGCACCUUCGCCCGUUGAAUCGGAUAAGGUAAAACAGUCUGGUGGAGCAUAUCUUGAAGAUGCCACUAUGAGUGAAGAUGAACCGGUAAGGGAAGUGGCGAAUAAGUUGGAAGAAUUCAGCAUUUUGGUAGAUCCAGACAUUAGGAAGGAUGUAACGGAGGAGCAUCCUAAAGAGGACAUUAAGGUGGUGGCAGAGAUGAUUGAAAGUGAUCAUCAAAAUAUGAAAACUCCUGAAACAAUUCAACAAGAGAAAAGAUCUAUAGAAUUACCUACAUUGGUUGAAUCUGUUAAGGACGACAAUGAAACGAAUGUAGAUAUUGAUUUCAAUGCGGGAAACAAAACAUUAGAUGAUAUGCCAGAUGAUCGUACACAUAACGAUAUUCAGGAGAUACUUCAGGAUUCUACAGCACCACCUGGUAAUGACGCUGUAGUUAAUGAAACUGCCAAUGAAGACUAUCAUCAGACAAUUCAUCAGGAAGAGUACAAUGAAACAAAUUACGGAGUAGAGUUUGUACCAGCGAAUACCAAUGUGGAUUAUGAUGAAACAACUCCUGCUACAGAUCAGCAUUUGUACACUACUGAGCAAACAGAACAUGAACCAUACGACAAUCUACAGUACGGUGCUUCAAUUGAGCCAAUAUUAAAUCCUGAAGAUACUCCUGAAAUGGAUUCUCAGCAGCUUCCACAACCGGUACAACAGUACGAGUCUAGGAAUCAACACUGGAACACGGCGCGACAAGCAUUACGAUCGAAAGCACUUCCAGUGUCAUCCUCCAAGCCUCCAUCGCCUGAAACGGGUGUGACUGAUCAUGUAGCCCCUGAUCUUCAGCAAGGAAUGGCCACAACAGAAUCAGCUGAAACAUGGAGGAUGGAUCAAGCAGAUGUUCAACCACCGUACGAAAAUACUCAGCCAAACACUGUCACACAGAUUGAUGAACCAAAUGCUACGUAUUCGGAAUACGGGGGAGAAGCGAGUGAUGCUUACUACCAAACGGAACCUGCUGCAACUACUGCUGUCCAAGACGGUGGGGAACUUAAUCCCUCUUCCACCGAUCAAGCAUACAUUAACGGUGCCAUGGGUCAACCAGUAGAGUACCAACAAGACGAUGGACAACAAUCAGCUGCCUAUCAGUAUGGGAACAGUCAGGAUCCUGUUGCUUAUCAGGAAGGUCAGUAUGUCGAAGGAGAAACUGCGGGCGAGUCACAGUAUCAGUAUCAAGAAGGGGUUGAUCAAACGGGCAACGUGUAUGCGACGCAGGAGCAAUAUCAGGAUCCGAAUCAGCAGUAUCAGUAUGAUCAAAACGCACAGUACUAUAGCGAUCAACAAGCUUACGAUGCACAGUACUACAACCAAGAUCCACAGCAACAGGAACAGCAACAGCAACAGCAGCAGCAGUACUAUAUGGAUGAGUCAAACCAACAGCAGAUGGAUCAAAAUCAAGCAGAACAGCUCAAACCGAUGGACCAAUUUGUUUCUCCAGAACAAAACGACCAACCAUACUACCCAUCUGAUGGACAGUACGAACCUAACGCUAAAAAUGCUGAACCAACUCUACCAAACCCACCUGAGGGGGGUGAUGUGACGGUCCCCAGCUCCCUAGAACCACCAUUGGCCAAUGCACAAACGAUUGAGACACCGGCCGUUAUCGAUGCCACGUUGCCGAAAGACAAACAGGAGAAGAAAGCUUCCGACGCUAUAGUGCAACAGGCCACUCUCGAGCAAAAACCCUCCAGAAAGGAGGGAGCCGAUCCGGAAUCCGAUGCGCCAACGCUGAGCACCGUCAACGAUGAGAGUGAUUUUGAUUUCUCCUCCCAGUGAUAAGCACGCGGAUCGUGUUUGCUCAGAGUUUUAGCCGCUAAUUGAUGAUAGAAACCUAUCCUGAUUGUUUUGUGCAGCAAA